AUGGUAUACCAAGAGAAUCUCGCUGCUGUGCUGUAUGAUAAACAUGAUUUGCGGAUGGAGCCGGUCCCUAUUGAUGCACCACAGCGGGGAGAGGUGCAAGUCAAUAUACGCGCAACAGGAAUAUGUGGAUCAGAUUUGCAUUAUUAUCAUGAUGGUGGUCUUGGGUCUAUGCGAAUGACACCUGAUAAACCAAUGAUUCUCGGGCAUGAAGCAGCUGGUAUUAUCACCCAAAUUGGUGAGGAUGUUCAUGAUCUCAAAGUGGGUGAUCGCGUUGCCAUUGAGCCUGGAGAGGGUUGUCAAUCUUGCUGCUAUUGCAAAGAGGGUCGCUAUAACCUUUGUGGCCAAAUGAAGUUUCGUGGAUCACUCCGACGAGGACCGAAUCAUGGAACUUUACGUCGAUAUGCAUGUUUUCCAGCCUAUCUUUGUCACAAGAUACCGGAUAGUAUGAGCUAUCAAGAUGGUGCGUUGAUUGAGCCAUUGGCGGUCGCUGUGCACGCUGUAUCGAUUCGUACUCAGGUACGACCUGGAAGUACGGUGGCUGUACUAGGUGCUGGUCCAGUUGGGUUGUUGACAGCGGCCACUGCUUAUGCCAUGGGUGCAGGAACAUGUAUCAUUAUGGAUAUCAAUGCGUCUCGAUUGGAGUUUGCAAGCAAGUACUUGCCUGGCAUAGAGACCUUACAGCUACCGAUCAAGCCGCAUGAGGAGGAUUUAUUCGAGUGGUCAAUGACACAAGCAUCAUCUAUCAUUCAAUCGACAUCAUUGAAAGGAAAAAAGGAAGAGGAUCAAGUUGAUAUUGUCUAUGAAUGCACGGGUGUAGAAUCAUGCAUCAGCUUGUCCAUGUUUUUGGCGCGUCGUGGUGGCAAGGUCAUGUUGAUUGGCAUGGGCAAUAAGGGUUGUACUUUGAUGCCCACCGACAUUUUGACGACACGUGAAGUGGAUGUUUUCGGCAACUUUCGCUAUGCCAACAGUUAUCCCAAGGCCAUCGAACUCGUUGGAAGCAAAAAGAUUCAGCUGAAUGGUCUUGUCACUCACCAAUUUCGCUUGGAGAACGCCGUGGACGCAUUCAAACAUGCUCUUGCUGCACCAGACGGAACCAUUAAAGUUGAAAUUGGCGACUUUGACUUUGAAUAG